GAGACAGAGUGCCAUAGAACGCAAAUGACCCUAAAAACGAACCCGUAAAAGAACUCCAAAACCUGCAAAACUCCAGACAGAAAGAAACGGGAACUAAAAGACUGGUUCUCCAAAUCCCGAGCCAAAGAGUGAACGAACCUUGAAGAGCUAAGUAGCAUACCCCCGAGACAAAGCCAGAAACCAGAAACACAUUGCGCUCAGCAAUUGAGAGACACACAACUACACAAGUCAUCCCCAUAACUGUGAAGCAGAAAUACUGGGUAAUGACCCUACCCAUCACUGAAGAAAUCAUCAACACUUGCUUUGACUUGCAAAAGAGGGGGUUUGGUUUUUACUGCACAUACGAGAGACCAGAGCGCAGAGCAGAGCAUAUACUCAAAACAGAACACACACAGUCAGACAGCAACGCCAGCGCCUAACAAAUCAAAAACCCCUCCAAAGCCCCCAUCUUUCAUUUCCAUGAAUCCAUCAGUCCUUUUUCCCCGCCAAAAUCUGAUCCAAAAAAAGCAGUAGAUACCCAGACCCAGGUAAUCAAUCUCCCUUCUCUCUCUCUCUCUAACCAAGAACAGCGUACACAAACACAGUCACAUAUUCCGUAUUUGUAUUAGAUUAUUCAGUAUUUUAUUUUCUUGCUCUUCCGCAGAUGAGAAUAUUACCCUUAUUAACAACCCACCAACAAUACUAUUCUCCCACAAAGCUACCUUCAUUGUCCUUCCCAUCUGGACCACCUUUCGAAUGCCUCCGCCGGCCCUCUCGGUGGGUCCCACCUCGAAUGGAUUCUUCCGUAUCCCCUGUUCCUCGAAAGGACAAGGUCGUCGUCCUUAUGGGAGCCACCGGUAGCGGCAAAUCCAGCCUCUCUAUCGACCUCGCCACACUAUUCCCCUCCGAAGUCGUCAACUCAGACAAAAUGCAGGUCUACGACGGUUUGGAUAUCACAACCAAUAAAAUUUCAAUCCCAGACCGACGCAAUGUUCCUCACCAUCUCCUCGGUGAGAUUGACCCCGAAGACGGCGAGUUCAAUCCCUCCGACUUCCGCUCAUUCGGCGGGUCUGCCAUUGCGGGGAUUGUUUCACGGCGCAAACUGCCGCUAAUUGUUGGUGGGUCGAACUCGUUCAUUCACUCCCUAAUCGUGGAACAGUUUAAUCCGGACGACGACGUUUUUACUGAUUUGAAUUCGAAAUCGAUUUCCACGGAGUUCAGGUACAACUGUUGCUUCAUCUGGGUUGAUGUGUCAUUUCCAGUUUUAUGCAAUUAUCUGGCUGAACGCGUCGACGAAAUGCUCGACUUGGGUAUGUUCGAAGAAUUGGCCGAGUUCUAUAACCCGGAUCGGAUUAAAACCCCAACUGAAACCGGGCUGAGGAAAGCGAUUGGAGUGCCCGAAUUCGAUAGGUAUUUCAGUAAAUACCCGCCAAUGACGGAGCCCAAGGAGGAUGAUUGGGAGUGGCGUCGCAUGCGGAGGGAAGCGUACGAUGAGGCAGUCAGGGAGAUAAAAGAGAACACGUUUCAGCUUGUGAAGAGACAGCUGAGGAAAAUCCAAAAGCUGAGAGGGGCCGGGUGGGACCUACAUAGAGUUGACGCCACGAUGGCAUUUAGGGAAGUUUUGAUGACGUCCGACAGGAAUAGAAAACAGAGACUGAAACCGGAGAACCAGAAGAAGAAGAAGAGCAGAAGGUGGAUUGAUAUAUGGAACAAGGACGUACUGCAGCCAACCAUGAAGAUAGUGAAGCAAUUCUUUGAGGAGGAGGAGUAGAUGGUCAGUUCACUUUGUUAAUGUGGGGGAAGACAAAUUUUGGUUCAUUCGAUUGGGUCAUUGGGUUUACAGUGUAAAAAACAGAGUAGAUACAAAUUUUACAAACUAUCCCUUUUUUUUCUUUUAGUGAGUUGGGUUUGGGGUGGAGAAUGAAAAGCUGAUGACUUUUUGGGACAAAGACAACAGUUUUGAACUAUAAAAUGCCAUUUUGAUCAAAGAUUGGUUUUGUUCUGUAGCGGAUAAAAGUGGUGGUAGUCCAGUUGUGGAAGAACAAAAACAAGCAAAAUUGGCCUUUUGUGGCUUCCAACACCACCGCGCAUUCGGCAAUUCAAGACCCAAUUAUCUGGAUGAAGAAAAGCCCUCUGUUCUUUCUCCUCUUGUUUUCUACCUUUUCAAGUGUUAUCCCAAGUCACAUUUUCAAGCAUAUUACAUAAUUGGCAGAUCUGGAUUA